ACGAGAUAGUCUCCGUCCUGAUAAUGGAGAGAUCUACGCUCAAACGACAAUUGAGUAGUCCGGAUCUUGAGCCUGCGAAGGCCCUGCGUUCGACGUUGAUUCCACAGCCAAAAGCCGGAUCUCCUUUGCUGAUACUGUCUACAGAAAAAGAUGGUUAUCGUCUGUGCAACCCAGCCGAUGAAAGGGUGGUUUACGAGACGAAGAGUGACCUUUCAGGCGAGGAGAGGAUCGAUCUUCCACCACUAGAAUCAUUGAAAGGUAGCCUUUAUAAGAUUGAGCGAGUAGGAGAGAAUAAAGUCAGGAAUAUAUUAUACAGUGAUUUAUCUCGUGGGGAUCCUCAUACUGCCGAAGAUCUGAGAGGUCGUUUGUGGGUAGGCGACAACAAGGAAGACUACGUUGUUGUGUGGCAUUUUGAAAUGAACGACUUUCUAGGGUUUUGCAAGAAAGGGGAUGAUCAUUACCGCGAGAUCUUAACAAGGACCGGUGUUCGCAGGGAGUUACGCGGUGUAAAAGAUAUGGUACUUAAAGGUUACAGUCUUUACGUUCUUGCCAUCCGUGACUUCAUUCGACACUUGGAUUUGUCUGGACAUGGUGAAGAUGGUAUCAAGGAUGUGUCCGAGAACCAUAAGCUUCCAAUGUGGAUGCCAAGUCUGAGUGUGGAUGAACAAGUAAGAGUCGACAUAGAUAAGAUCAGCUCAUCUAGUGAAAGCAUUGCUGUUACAAGAUCAGGUCAGGUUUUGGUUGUCUGUUCUUACGAGUUAGGUAACUCUGAAGUGCAUAGGAUGUUCCACGUGUACAAGAGAGAUCCUAAAGAUCUUGACCCUAAGACCUACUUAACCCAGCUUCUUGAGGUACAUUCUCUAGGUGAUGAGGCCCUCUUUCUCGAUUUGGGAACCACCGGGCCUGCUGACCAUACCCGUGGUAUUGAGCCUAACUCCAUCUAUUUCACCCAUGGUGAUCGUAUCCGUCACAGGAAUCCUUCACGCCCCGACAUCUGUGUCUUCAAUCUUACAACAAAGACCAUCAAACGCUUCCUUACUCUCUCCAACUUAAACGUCAAGGAUGCUCAGUGGUUUCUUCCUCUUGAUUCUUGCCUUCCUCAUGGUUUCUCCCUCGGCCUUGCUCUGUUUACUGUCAUCUUAUAAAUAAAUUCCGAAUUAUAAAAAGUUCAUAGUUCA